AAACUUUUUUUUUUUUUUUUUUUUUUUUAAACCUGUAUAGCGACUGUUCUUUUCAGGUACAACGAGAAUGUAAUUUCCAAAAGAAUGUGGUUUUGAUAAAUAAGUGAACUUUUAGCAGUUGAGUGUUGGGUUUAAUGUUAAACUCAGAAUGAGUUCAGGACUAAUAGAGUGAUGGAGUAACAGUAGUGCUGGGAGUGAUGAUGGCAGUGUGGAGUAACGGAGCCCUAAUGUUACACCUCAUUACACUACACAUCACCUUGCUCUCUUCUCAAGCAUCAUUUGGAGCAGACGUCAAGUGCUGGUGGCGAAGAGUUUCAUAUAAUAAACCCGUUGCAUCUGUUGAGUGUCAAGCAAAUCCUCAGGAAUCUACGCUGGAGUGUAACUUGUGUCUCCAGCAUGUGCUUUCCUUUAAACCAGCAAUACACUUGUCACAGACUGGGUGCAGCCGCACGAGUGCGAGCUUCAGUGCACUUCUGGAGUCCCAUCAUAUGCAGAACACAACCUGCACGCUGCUCUGUCCAGGAAACACAGCAAGACAAACAACUUUGUCCUGUAUUGUACAAGAAGGCUAUCCUCCUCCCUCCUGCUUAGUUCCGUCUCAUGAUGAUAUAAAGAAUAUCCAUUGUAACUGGACAGGGUCACUUAACCCAUUAAUCCCUACCAACUUCACCCUGCACUGGAAGGAGAUUGCUGGAAAUAGGUACAAUGGCUUUAAAGAUGUAGGGGAGAGUGACAGUGGCAUUAUUCCACGCGAACAAUACCCAUCUCACGAAUACAUUGAAGUGUGGAUUUCUGCAGUAAAUGCAUUAGGAAAACUUAAUUCAGAAAUUCUCUUAAUCAACACACAACAUAUCAUCCAGCCAGCCUCUCCUUUCAUCAUCAAUCACAGUUCUGAUCCCUUGGAGAUUUUUUGGGAAUCAGAAGCAGAAAACAUCGGACAAUGGCAUUGUAAGGUCCAGUACAAGAAGCAGUGUGACCAGGACUGGACGGAGGUUGAAGACUCUUAUGAGGUGAGCUUUAUAUUGGAAGAUGCUGCACCAUUCACAAAAUACAGGUUCCGUGUUCGCUGUAGGCGUGCUUCUGAUGAGAGAUCAGUGAUGAGUGACUGGAGCCCAGAAUACAUUGCUGAAACUCCUGUGGCAGCUCCAAUGGGAAUGCUUGAUGUUUGGAGUGACUGUGAUUCUUCUUCAGAUGAAUCCAGCUGCACCGUCCUUUGGAAGGAGAUGCCCAAGCAGCAGGCAAGAGGCAACAUCAACAGCUAUUUGCUGACCAUGAAGCUGAGCAACGGCUCUGUGUUGAACAUAAACGGAUCAGUGUACGCGUCCGCAGAGAUUUACACGCGAUGUGAGCAGGGCAUGACUAGAAAAGAACCACCAAAUUUGGUUUCACAUGCUCAGCAAAGCUAUCUGAGGUGUCCUCAGGAGCAAAGCUGUUUUCACUACUGCCAUCUCAGCAUUCCAGUUAAGGAAGUGAAGUGCAUUGGAGUGACCGUUAACACAGCAGGGGGCGAGUCGAGUCCAGCAGUCGUGGCAUUACCCAGCACUGUAGGUCUGGUUCAUACAGCCGGGACAUUGGAGGUCAGAGGGAGGAGUGAGGAGCUAAAUGUAUCGUGGCCUUUGUUCUCUCACGACAUUCAGGAAUAUGUGGUACAGCUUAAACCAGUAGGACUACCUCACACCCAAUGCCUGAACUGGGUCAAGGUUCACAAAAACCAGACAUUUGUUACACUCAGGGGUCCUUUGCCAGAUUACACAGCUUACAACGUAUCUCUGUUUGCUAUUGUCAACAACCGCAGCUGUUUACUCAAGUCUGCCAUUGCCUACACUGUUGAAGGAGUGCCUCCAAAAGUCGAACAUUUCCAAGCUAUAUCUACCUCUCUGUUAAGUGUAAACCUGACAUGGACACUCAUUCCACAUAAUAUGAGCCGAGGACAUAUCUUGCAUUACCUUGUGGGCAUCAGUAAUGAUGUAGAUGUGUACAAAGUGAACAGCAAUCAGAGCAGUCUUCAGCUCCAUAAUUUGAAACCUGAUCAGAAGUAUGAAGUGUGGAUCAGCGCUAACACUACUGCUGGAGAGGGAAAUAGGACAUAUACCAUUUUCACCACUGCUCAAUCUGGAAACAUAACCAGCAUCACUAUGAUCACAAUUUUUCUAAUCAUGGUCAUAAUUGUUGCAGUUGUGUGUUGUUUAAUGGCCAAGAAAAUCAAAUGGAUCAACAUUCCGGACCCCAUCAACAGCAGCUCAUUUAAAGAGCUGAGCAAUCAGUUACCGUUCUGGCAGUCAUUGCCUGUUCGUUCAGCCUCCAUGGAGCAUGGGCUAACCAUCUCUCAGGUGGAGGUAGUUCCUGAGGUAGAAGUUAAUCAUGAACCUGAGGUGGAGCAGCCAGAGGAGCCCAGAGAACACGACCAGAGCAGAGGAAAAGAGUUGCAAGGAUACGAGGAGUUAAAGCGGAACAACUCCGUGCUACGUCGUCAGAAAGAAUACAGCCAAAUGAUUGACAGCAGUGAUGAGGAGGGUAAAGAAUGUGAAGAAGAUGAGUGGAAUGAGGAGUGGAAUGAGGAGACAUUUCCUUCCGACUAUGAGAAACAUUUUUUGCCCUGCAUUAUGGGUGUAUGAUUCUUCAUUUGUGCCUUUAAGAAAUUAUUAUGAUUAUGGCUUGUCACAACUUUUUGCUGUAUAUUAUAAUGUGUGUUAUGGAUGCAUAUUUGGGUCAUCUUAAACAAAUGCAAUGCAAAAUGUUGUGUGACAAGCAUCAGGAUAACUGACUCAGGUGUCAUUAAUGUGCCAUUUUGGUUACAUAACCUCAUCUAUAUUGACUGACUAUGUAUUGGAAGACAUUGUGCAUAGACCCAUCGCUUUUUGCACGUUUUCCAGAAAUACCCACUCAUUGGUAAGACUUCAUGUGGUUUUAAAUCACAUAAUAGAUGUCUGUGAAUUUGUUAAAUAUUGGUUUAGGAGUUCUACAUGGACAUCUCUGUGACAAGCCAGCUAGGGGAUAAAAAAUAAACUGGCCUGUUCCUAAUAAUUUGGCUUGUCCCUAAUAUUCUGGCCUGUUCCUAAUAUUCUGGAGUUGGAGUGGGACAAUAUGUGCUACGUCGUCAGAUGAUUGACAUGAUUGACAGCAGUGAUGAGGACGGUAAAGAAUGUGAAGAAGAGGAGUGGAAUGAGGAGCCGUUUCUUUCCGACUAUCAGAAACAUUUUUUGCCCUGCAUUAUGAGUGUAUGAUUCUUCAUUUGUGCCUGGAAGAGAUUAUUGUGAUUAUGGCUUGUCACAGCUUAAACAUCUUAAACAAUCGCAAUGCAAAAAUGUUGUGUGACAGGACAACUGACUGAGGUGUCAUUAAUGUGCUAUUUUGGUUACAUAAGCUCAUCUACAUUGACUGACUGUAUGUAUUGGAAGACAUUGUGCAUAGACCUAUCACUUUUUGCACAAAAAUUUGCAGGUUUUCCAGAAAUACCCACUCAUUGGUAAGACUUCAUGUGGUUUUAAAUCACAUAAUCACAGUGCUACAUGGACAUCUCUGUGACAAACCAGCAAGGGGAUGUACAAAGUAACUCUUCAGCUUAGAUUCUCAUCCUCCUUCUGCAAAGACUGAAUCUUACUGCAAAUGAAAAUCAUGACUUGAAUAUUUUUCAUGUGCAAUUUGUGAUUGAAAGUUUUUGCAGUAAUUUAAUUAUACUGUGUUUUAUAAUUUGCAUUUUGCAACUUUUUUAUUUUAAACAAAUUUAUAAUUUUCUCAAUGAACUAUUUUUGUUAAAGAUUAUGUUUAUACUUGAUAAUACUUGAAGCAUAAUGAGCCUUUAGGAAUUCUUAAUAAAAAUGACAAGAAUA